GCGGGCAGAGCUCGCCCCGCGGUCGCGCCCGCUUCAGCACCUUCCGCUGUCCGCCGCUGCAGCCGCCUCCGCUUCCAGGUGCUGACUGUUGUGAUGCCGAGUUUCCAAUUGCCUUGAUUAAAGUAGAAACAGUCUAUGGCUUGGAUGACUUACAUUUCAAAUUGGUUUGAACAAGAUGAUUGGUAUGAAGGACUACAAAGAGCAAACAUGUCCCGGGUAAGGCAAGUGGGUCUGCUGGCUGCCGGAUGUCAACCGUGGAACAAAGAUGUAUGUGCUGCCAACGGUGACAGGUUUGCAUAUUGUGCGACCUUGGCUAUCUAUAUUUAUCAGUUGGAUCACCGUUACAAUGAAUUCAAACUUCAUGCAAUUAUGUCUGAACAUAAAAAAACAAUCACAGCAAUCUCUUGGUGUCCACAUAACCCUGAUCUGUUUGCCAGUGGCAGUACCGAUAACUUAGUGAUCAUUUGGAAUGUUGCAGAACAAAAAGUCAUUGCUAAACUCGACAGUACAAAAGGGAUGCCUGCCUCUCUGAGCUGGUGCUGGAAUGCAGAUGAUGCCGUGGCAUUUGUUUCCCACAGAGGCCCAUUGUUUAUUUGGACCAUUUCAGGACCAGAUAGUGGAGUGACUGUCCACAAAGAUGCUCAUAGCUUCUUGUCUGAUGUCUGUAUAUUCAGAUGGCAUACCCAAAAGAAGGGGAAGGUUGUGUUUGGACAUAUUGAUGGGAGUCUAUCAGUUUUUCAGCCAGGUAAUAAAAAUCAGAAACAUGUUUUGAGACCUGAAUCUCUGGAAGGGACAGAUGAAGAGGAUCCGAUUACAGCUCUAGAAUGGGACCCACUAUCUACUGAUUAUCUUCUUGUAGCUAACUUACAUUAUGGAAUUCGCCUAGUAGACUCUGAAUCACUUUAUUGCAUAACAGCAUUUAAUUUUCCCAGUGCAGCAGCUUCUGUACAGUGCUUAGCCUGGGUUCCAAGUGCUCCUGGGAUGUUUAUAACUGGAGAUUCUCAAGUGGGUGUUUUGCGUGUUUGGAAUGUUUCAAGAACAACACCAAUUGAUAAUUUUAAAUUAAAAAAAACAGGAUUUCAUUGUUUACAUGUACUGAAUUCUCCUCCAAGGAAAAAAUUUUCUAUCCAGUCUCCAGCCAGAAAUCAUUAUACAUCCUCCACAAGUGAAGCAGUGCCCCCGCCAGCUUUGACACAGAAUCAAGCAUUUUCUCUUCCUCCUGGUCACGCCGUUUGCUGUUUCUUGGAUGGUGGAGUUGGACUUUAUGAUAUGGGCGCCAAGAAGUGGGAUUUUCUUAGGGACUUGGGACACGUGGAGACAAUCUUUGACUGCAAAUUCAAACCUGACGAUCCGAAUCUUUUAGCCACAGCCUCAUUUGAUGGCACUAUAAAAGUCUGGGAUAUAAACACACUAACAGCAGUGUACACUUCCCCGGGUAAUGAAGGGGUUAUUUAUUCCCUUUCAUGGGCUCCAGGUGAUUUAAAUUGUAUUGCUGGAGCAACUUCCCGAAAUGGUGCUUUUAUUUGGGAUGUUCAAAAGGGCAAAAUGAUACAACGAUAUCAUGAGCAUGGAAAAAAUGGAAUAUUCUGCAUUGCCUGGAGUCAUAAAGAUUCCAAAAGAAUAGCAACUUGCAGUAGUGAUGGUUCCUGUAUUAUUCGAACAAUUGAUGGCAGAGUGCUACACAAAUACAAACAUCCAGCUGCGGUGUUUGGUUGUGACUGGAGUCAAAACAACAAAGACAUGAUAGCCACUGGCUGUGAAGACAAAAAUGUUCGUGUCUAUUAUGUGGCCACCAACUCUGAUCAACCACUGAAAGUAUUUAGUGGGCACACAGCAAAAGUGUUUCAUGUAAAGUGGUCUCCUCUGAGAGAGGGAAUUCUUUGCAGUGGUUCUGAUGAUGGUACUGUCCGAAUCUGGGAUUACACUCAAGACACUUGCAUAAAUAUUCUCAGUGGACACACUGCACCUGUGAGGGGAUUAAUGUGGAACACUGAGAUUCCGUAUUUACUGCUAUCUGGCAGCUGGGACUAUACUAUAAAAGUAUGGGACACACGAGAAGGAAUUUGUCUGGACACUGUGUAUGAUCAUGGUGCAGAUGUAUACGGUUUAACAUGUCAUCCAAGUCGCCCUUUCACCAUGGCCUCUUGCUCCCGUGAUUCUACAGUGAGACUCUGGUCAUUAACACCUUUAAUCACUCCUUUACAAAUAAAUAUUCUGGCAGACAGACCUUGGGAAGAAAUUAUUGGGAACACUGAUUAUGCUAUAGAACAAGGUGCUCCUCCCCUGUUGUGUGGUAAAGUGUCAAGAAAUAUUAAACAAGAAGUAGAAAAGCUAGCGGGUGAUCCUCGAUUGAAAAAGCUAAGAUGGUUUUCAGAAUGUUUAUCACCUCCAGGUGGCAGUGACAAUUUAUGGAACUUGGUUGCUGUAAUAAAAGGGCAAGAUGAUAGCUUACUUCCUCAGAACUAUUGCAAAGGAAUAAUACAUUUGAAACAUCUGGUUAAAUUUAGAACAUCUGAAGCCCAAGAACUAACAACAGUCAAAAUGUCUAAAUUUGGUGGUGGUAUUGGCGUACCUACUAAAGAGGAAAGACUGAAGGAAGCUGCUGAAAUACACUUGAGAUUAGGGCAGAUUCAGAGAUACUGUGAACUUAUGGUUGAACUUGGAGAGUGGGACAAAGCCUUAUCAAUUGCACCAGGAGUCUCUGUGAAAUACUGGAAGAAGUUAAUGCAGAGGAGAGCCGAUCAGUUAAUCCAAGAAGGGAAGGAUGAUGUCAUUCCAUACUGCAUAGCUAUUGGUGACGUGAAGAAACUCGUCAGUUUUUUUAUGUCAAGAGGUCAACUGAAAGAAGCGCUACUUGUCGCUCAGGCUGCAUGUGAGGGAAAUAUGCAAACCUUACAUGUUUCUCUGCCUAAAGGAGCUUCAUUUUCUGAUGAUCUCUACAAGGAAGACUUUAAUGAACUCCUGCAUGAAGUCAGUAAAGAACUGGCUGAGUGGUAUUUUCAGGAUGGUCGAGCAGUUUUGGCUGCGUGUUGCCAUCUAGCCGUGGAUAAUAUUGAGCUUGCUAUGGCAUACUUGAUUCGUGGAAAUGAACUGGAGCUGGCGGUCUGUGUGGGCACAGUGAUAGGAGAGUCUGCGGCACCAGCCACCAACUACGCCCUGGAAUUAUUAGCAAGAAAAUGCAUGAUGAUUUCAACGUGCUUUCCGUCUGUUGGAUACAGGAAUUUGGCAGCCGAUCUCCUCCUGAUGAUGCCUGAUAAUGAACUCCAUUUAGUAAAACUCUGUGCUUUUUACCCAGGGUGUCUCGAAGAGAUAAAUGAUCUUCAUGAGAAGUGUAAGCUACCCACAGUAGAAGAAUGUAUGCAGUUAGCUGAGACAGCUCAGGCAGAAGGCAAUGUAUUUGAAACUGUAAAGUAUUACUUGUUAAGCCAAGAACCUGAAAAAGCCCUUCCUAUUGGCAUUGACUUUGUCAAAGAACACAUCAGUAGUUCAAAUUGGACUUUGGAUACCAUUUACCCCAUUCUUGACCUAUUGAGUUAUAUUCGUACUGAGAAACUACUCUUGCAUACGUGUAAUGAAGCUCGAAAUGAAUUGCUUAUAUUAUGUGGUUAUAUUGGUGCAUUAUUGGCUAUCAGAAGACAGUACCAAAGCAUUGUUCCAGCACUUUAUGAAUAUACAAGUCAACUAUUGAAACGUCGGAAGGUGUCAGUCCCUUUGAAAAUUGAACUUCUUUCUGAGGAAUUAAAUGCAUGGAGCGCUUGCACACAGUCCUCCAACCAAUCAUCAGAUGAAUCUCCAUACACACCCCCUUCUGAUUCACAAAGAAUGGUUUAUGAAACCUUAUUAAAAAGACUACAAGAAGACCCACUCAAGGAAAUCAUUGGACCAGAUUAUGUGACUGGAUCAAAUCUUCCAAGUCAUUCUGACGUUCACAUCUCUUGUUUUACAGGAUUAAAAAUCCAGGGUCCUGUAUUUUUUCUUGAAGAUGGGAAAUCUGCUAUUUCAUUGAAUGAUGCUUUGAUGUGGGCGAAGGUGAAUCCAUUCUCACCUUUAGGGACUGGAGUACGACUCAAUCCAUUUUGAAAGAAGACUUUUCUCCAUGCUCAAUUUUUUAAAGAAGAAUUUUUGUGGAUUAGUAUUACUUUAAUAUUGACUGCCUAGGAGCCAUUUGUUUAAGGAAUUUUCAGAGACCCGGGAGACUGAGGGGAAUAACAAUUAAUUUUAUUCACUUACUUCAAAAAAUAAAAUAUUUAUAUAAUUUAAAGAAAAAAAUAGGCGUCUGAUUUAUAAAAUGUAAUAACCACCUUUGGGAAGGAGGUAGUAUUUAAAUUAUAAUAUGAAGGGAUAUAAAAGUUUUGCAAAGCAUAAAACAUACCAAAAUAUUAUAUUGUUGAAACAUUGAAACAUAUAAAAUAGUGCAACACCUGAAAUAGAACUUGAUGUAUAGCAAGUACUAUUGAAUGUUUGAAUGACAGUAUGUUGAAAUAUUGAAACGGAAUGUGUGUACACAUGAUAUCCAAGUUAACAAACACUUAUGUUGUUCUUUAUAAAAUAUAUAGCAAAUAAUUAAUUUUAGUUCAUAUUGAAUAAAAGUUUUCAGUUAUAAGCUUAGUAAAUAUUAUAAAUGGAUACUCAGUCAAAAGACUUGAAUUUUAUUUUUUAAAAAGAAAAAGUUUUUUAUGUGACAUUCAUAACUGUCCAGUUAUAAAAGUUAUGUUUUAUAAGCAUGAAAAAUGGAGAUGAAAAGCACACAAUGCAGUCCAAUAUAUAUAUGAGAACUUGCAUUAGAUGAUAAUUUACUAUUUUAAAGGAUACUUGGUAUGUAUGAAUAUUAGUUUUGACCAAUACAUUAAAUAUUUGCAUAAAAAAUUAAAACUUUCUUAAAGUAUGAUUUAUUUGAUGGAAAUAAGUUUCAGACAACUUUCUGUAAGUAAAUAGGAUAGUAGUUUACAUUUUUUUAUAUGGUAUGUGAAUUUAAUUUUUUAAAUAUUUAUUUAAAUGAAAAGACUGUGAAAUGCCUAAAACAUAACUGCGUAUAUUUCAGUUGGACUAUAAUUCUGAAUUUUAAAUUUAUGAAAUUAAUGUAUAUUAGGAAAAAUAGUUGUUUGAUCCUCAAGUUGUUCUAUAGGAUCCGACUAAAGAGCAAGCUCAUUAACAAAAAUAAUUAUGACUUUUAUUAUCUUUAAAUAUGUUACACUU